UUAACGUUGGUCUGAACGGUUCCAGUGGGCAUACAAAUUGAAUUUCUCAGCUAGUGUUUUGAGGUCUUUCAAUCAAUGUAAUCUGUUCAAAAGUGUUUUGGUUAAAUUUUCAUUAUUUUUUAUUUUCGAAAUAAAAGUGAAAUGUGCUGAUAUGUGAUAAAUUUUUUCUAUGAAAAGCUACAUAAAUAAUUUAUAAAUAAAGUUUAUAAAUAAAUCGAAAACAUUAAUUAAUAAGUGUUAUUGUAUAUUUUGAUAUUUAUACAAUACAAAUAAAUUUAAAUAAAUUUGCUUAAAUUAAGUAAAUAAUAAUAAAAUUUAAAAACGAACAAAGGAAUCUGAACAAAAUGGAUAAUCCUGGUUAUAUUAUUGAACUCGAAGGAGAUAAAGAUCUCAAAAAACAGAAAUUAGCUGAGCCCAUACCCACUCACACUUUCGAGGAGGCGGUGUCUUUGACAAAAAUAGGAAAAUUCCAUUAUAUUUUGCUGGUGGUAUGUGGCGUCUGCUUUAUGGCCGUGAUGGUGGAAAUCAUGUGUGUCAGUAUUAUUUUGCCCUCAAUGAAAUGCGAUUUGGUAGCCACGUUAACGGAACAAGGCAUAUUGGCUUCAUCUGGCUUCCUGGGUAUUGUGUUGAGCUCACAUGCCAUGGGUUUCUUAGCUGAUACCUGGGGUCGUAUUCGCACCCUGCGAUUGGCUCUGAUAUUGGCCACAAUUUCAACAAUUUUAUCCGCAUUUUCCAUAAACAUUUGGAUGUUAAUUGUUUUUAGAUUCUUAACGGGUUUCUUUAUAUCCGGUGGUCAGGCCUGUGUCUUCAGUUUGUGCGGCGAAUUCCAUGGCAAUAGGACGAGAGUGCGUCAUGUGACACUGUUGUCGGGAUUUUUACCUUUAGCUUUAAUGUAUUUGCCAACUGCUGCAACUUUCGUUUUACCUUUGCGCAUUGAGGCCAUGCUUUUCGGCAUGAAAUUCUCCUCAUGGCGUGUUCUGUUGAUUGUCAAUUCCAGCUUAUCAAUUUUGUCGUUGGUGGGUCUAUUUGCUCUACCCGAGACACCCAAGUAUGUCUUGGUACAGGGUGAUCAUGAUGGUGCUUUGGAAAUUCUACGCUGGAUUUAUGUCAAGAAUACCGGCCGUCCUGCUUCAGAUUAUCCUGUUAAGCAGAUUGUAAUGCAAUCGAAUGGUGCCAGUUUGGCAAAUAUCUCCGGUGUUAAGGAUGCUUUCAAGCUGAUUUGGAGUCAAACGGUGCCAUUAUUCUAUCGCGAACGUUGCCUGCACACCAUCAAUAUCUGUGGAAUAAUGUUCAUCGUUUAUGGUCUUUCUCAAGGCAUUUUCAUGUGGUUCCCCACUAUGCUGAAUGAAAUGGUUGCCAAAGAUGGUUUAGGCUACAAUGUCUGUCAUAUUUUAAGCAACAUGGAUACUGGAGCAGAUUUAAGUGGCGAUGUUUGCAAUGGUAUAAUUGAUACAUUCCCCUUCAUGGUCAUCAUAAUGGUGGGAGCAGCCUUCACUGUCUUCUAUUUAAUCUUCGCCUUUACAAUUGACAUUAUUGGCAAAAAAAACCUAAUAAUUGCCUGGUUGUUUAUUGGAGGCAUAGCUGUUACUGCGAUCCACUGGUCUACCAAUUUCUAUGUCGUCGUUGUUUUACUUACCCUUACCAUGAGUGUUGGUAAUUGUGGUGGUCUGGUCAGCACAAUUUCAAUGGAAUUCUUUCCCACAAACAUUAAUGCCAUGGGCAUGUGUUUCAUUAUGAUGAUUGGCCGUUUGGGUGCGGUAUUUGGCGCUAAUUUCUUGGGCAAGCUGCUGUUUAGUUUCUGUGACAAUGUAUUGUGGGGUUUGUUGGCCAUAUUUGCUCUAUUGGCUGUUAUGAGUUGGUUCCUGCCCGAACGAAAACAUCCCAAACAGAAGAAGGUCGCACACGAACUAAAUCAAUAGAGAUUUGGGGCGAUUUGUGGCUGUUUUAUGAGCACUGUAAUGUGCAAUUCCUAUUUCCUGUUCGAAAGUAUUUGUACAAAUUUAAGUUGAAAUGUAAAUUGUAGCCCUUAUGGGAGGCUCGUAAUUAGUUUAGUACAUGUUUGUGUAUUCAUAAAUUGCAUUUAGUUAGGAAAUUAGUUAAUUAAAAUUACAAUAAUUUUAAGAUUAAUUAUUUUUUUGAAAUAAAUAAAAUUAAAACUAU